UACUGGCCGUAUCGCAGGCGACAGCCUGCGAACCUGCGAGUGCCACACACAAAAAAAAGGAAGUCGCUGACAGUUAGUGCGUAACAACGUAUUUUCAAGUUAGUGUAACCUUUAUAUGAACUGACAUUAAAACUAGUAAAAGAUGUCUCGUUCAAUGACGAUUAGAUCGCAAACAGUGGUGACUAGAUCGACUGCGAUUGUCAUCAAUACCGGUUACUUGAAAAGUUGGAGCGGUUUUUUAAAGAUGUUACAAUUGGCACUGGGCAUAGUUUGCAUAGGAAUUGUUGGUUACGAAUUUAAUAGCAGUAUAGUUUCUCGAAAUACUGCAGAGCUUUUCUUUCUUCUGAUAACGACUACUUUCAUGAUUAGCACUUUCAUUCUUCUUCUCAGUUAUCUGGCGUCUCUCUAUACUGCAAAGACUAUACCGAAAACUAUCUAUGAAUUUCUUUAUUAUGCCGUUGCAUUUGGAUUGAUACUUGCGGCCUCAUUGACACUCUUGGUAAACAUCCAUAAUAAUAGUAAACGUUCCAGAGGUUAUGAGCUGUUAUUUGGUGCUUCCAUUUGCGGCCUGGUAAAUACGGCUUUACAUCUCUUGAGCACAAUCAUCGCUCUUCGUACUUAUAGAGAGAUUUGUUGAAGUGGAGGAAUCAAAAUAUGCGGUUGUUACUAAAAAGUGAAAACAGAUUUCUCAUAUGUAAGUCGCGAGCACGAAAACAUUUUAUAAGCAAAGCAUAUUUUAGUAAUUUCAUGAUAAAUUUUGACUG